AGAUGAACAACAACCAAGGAAUAGGUGACGUCACCGUCUCCUUCCUCCAACGUCCAUAAAGAAGCGCCACACUCACACACCAAUACUGCUACUGUAACUGCUCUACAAGCCAAGAAAGAAAGAAAAAAUUACGUUACGGAAUCUCUUCAACUUCAAAUUGCAUCUAUUCUCCGUUCUGUUUCACUUAUCCGAUCGAUCGAUAGUAGAGGUUAGAUCUGUAACUAGAUGAAAUCGAGAACUGAUCUGCGUUGAUGCUUUCACCCUAGAUGAUACAUGGCGUGUUUUUGAGUUUAGUAUUCUUGAAUGACUCUUUAUCGCUAGCGCUUUUGGUUAAUGUAAUGUAGAAGCUGUUUCUGUUUUAUCCUAUGGUUAUUUCACAGAUUGCUUGGUUUUGAGGUUUUAGUGAUAUGGCUGAUAUCAAGGAUGAAGGAACCCCCAAGAGCUCUGCUUCUUCCCCUCUGAGGAAUCCUAAUGUUACCCUUAACGAAAGGAAUUUUGCUGCCUUCACACACAGAUCAGCUGCUGCUCAUCCUUGGCAUGACUUGGAGAUUGGUCCUGAAGCCCCUGCUGUUUUCAACUGUGUUGUUGAAAUUAGCAAAGGUGGCAAGGUGAAAUACGAGCUAGACAAGAACAGUGGCCUUAUUAAGGUUGAUCGUGUCCUGUACUCAUCCAUUGUGUACCCACACAACUACGGCUUUAUUCCUCGAACCAUUUGUGAAGACAGUGAUCCUAUAGAUGUCCUGGUACUCAUGCAGGAGCCUGUGCUAACUGGAUCGUUCCUCCGUGCCCGUGCUAUUGGAUUAAUGCCCAUGAUUGAUCAGGGUGAAAAAGACGACAAGAUCAUCGCAGUGUGUGCUGAUGAUCCCGAGUUCCGUCAUUACAGAGACAUCAAGGAGCUUCCUCCUCACCGUCUAGCUGAAAUCCGCCGCUUCUUUGAGGAUUACAAGAAGAACGAGAACAAGAAAGUGGACGUUGAAGGUUUCCUCCCCGCUCAAGCUGCCAUAGACGCGAUUAAAGACUCCAUGGAUCUUUACGCAGCUUACAUCAAAGCUGGCCUGCAACGUUAGUGAACCACCUACAUGCUCGUUAUAGCUUGUGCAUUUUCGCAAUGUACAUCAAAAAACUUUUGUCGCAUUAUACGCUUUCUAAUGAUGACGAUGAAAAAUGCCAGUUUUCAAUCAUUAAAACUUGGAGAUACAUAUAUUAGCUCUUGUCCGAUUUUUUAUAUUAAUGAUUAGCUCUUGUCCGAUUUUUUAUAUUAAUGAUGUUUGCAAACUCUUCUUUGUCUUCUUGUAGUUCACUGAAUAACGUCAUCUCUUAAUCGAGUAUAUUUAACUU